AUUUCUUAUUCAAUCGUUCUUCUUUACCAUGAUUCCUCCCACUACUGCUAUCGACUGGAACAACCUUGGCUUUGAGUAUCGUGAUCUCAACGGCUACGCAAAGUUUGUCUGGACUGAAGGAAAAGGCUGGGGUAAGCCUACCUUUGAAAAGGAUCCUUAUGUAAAGGUUCACAUCUGUGCCACUGGAUUGAACUAUGGACAACAGUGCUUUGAAGGAUUAAAAGCCUUCCGCGACCCCCAAGGUCUCGUACGCGUUUUCAGACCUGAAGUCAAUGCUGCCCGUAUGAUUCGCAGUGCAGAUAUGGCUUACAUGCCCGAGGUUCCUAUCGAACUCUUUGAAGAGGGUGUUCGCUUGGCUGUAACAAAGAACCUCGAGUUCGUUCCUCCCGGAAGUUCUGGAGGUUCUCUUUACCUGCGCCCCCUUCUGUUCGGCAGUGGACCUUUCAUUGGAAUGGGUCCAGCCAAGGAAUUUACCUUUAUCGUAUUUGGCAUGCCAGUUGGUAACUUUUACAAGGGCAAUGCUGUACCCGUCGAUGCUUGGGUUAUUGAAGACUUUGACAGAACCGCUCCUUUUGGUACUGGUGCUACCAAGCUCGGUGGUAACUAUGCUCCUACCUUCAAGCCAAUGAAGGUCGCCAAGGAUAAUGGAUACCCCAUCACCCUUCACUUGGAUUCCAAGACUCGUACCAUGAUUGACGAAUUCUCGACUUCCAACUUUGUUGCCCUCACUCAUCCCGACCCAAAAACCGGCAAACAAACUUUUGUGACCCCCAACUCCAGCACAGUUCUGCGUUCGGUUACUCGUCUGUCAUUAUGUGAUAUUGCCAAGAAACUCGGCUAUGAGGUCGAAGAGCGCCCGGUGUUUUUCAGUGAGCUCGAGCAGAAUAAGUUUGCCGAGGUGGCUGCUUGCGGUACUGCUGCUGUCAUCACACCAAUCAAGAAGAUUGUCCGUGGUGACAAGGUAGUCAACAUUGGUUCUGGUAACCAAACUGAGAUUGGACAAGGUUUCCUCAAGCUCUUCAAUGAAUACCGUGGUAUUCAGAAGGGUGAGAUUAAGGAUACUUUAGGCUGGAUGUGGCCUGCAGAGGGCUUAUAAAUACAUAUAUAUAUAUAUAUACAUAUAUUUUACGCAUAACAAAAUAAUAAUAAGGAGUUAUCGAGUGUUCUUUGCUAGACAAAUAAAAUACAACCAACAGGUCAAACCUAACAUUAACUUUUACCCAUAUUUUCCUUCAAGUCACAUAAAUAAAUAAAUAAAUGCAAAAACAUAAUCUGGUUCAUCUAC